AUGCUGACUCCAAACCUCUCCCUCUCUAAAACCCUAAACCCUCCUAUCUCCACCUUCCAAUCCCCAUCAUAUUCUCUCUCCAGAUUUUCAAACCCUCUCCUCAUAACCCUAUUCCCGAUUCUCUCCUCCCCAAAGAGCACCAAACGCCUCUCAUUUCAAUCCCAGUGCUUCUCUCAAACUCGUAAUCCUCCAUUUUCGGACCCAAAUGCCACCAUCCACCAAAGAGACCUCCGUUCAUUCGCCGGACGGAGCAAGAAGAAGUCAGGAGGGCCCUCCCCCGGCCGCAUAGAAGGACCCGCUGAGCUCCGGCGAGAGGCAAGGCGAAAUGCUCGCAGGAAAAGCCAAAAACUAGCUGAGAGUUUGUUCUAUAGGCUCAAAAACCCUCACAAAAACUACCCAGAUAAUUUUUCCGAAGAAGAGCUUCAAAUGAUCGGUUUGGGUUAUGAUAGGUUGGUCAGGUUUAUGGAAAAAGAUGACCCAAAUCUGAAACACCCUUAUGAUUGGUACAAAUAUGGUGAAUUUGGGCCAUAUUCGUGGCGUGGAGUGGUUUUAGGUGACCCCAUUCGUGGGCGAUUUUCCGAUGAAUGUGUGACGAUGAUUGGUGAAGUUAAGGACCAUGACGAAUGGGAAAAAAUUGAGCAGUUUGAAAUGGCUCAAGAUUUUCAGAAGAGGUUGGAUUUCAUGGAUAAGAGUUUAGGGUUUAGGUACUUUUGGGUGUUUGUUAGGCACCCGAAGUGGCGAGUUUCGGAAUUGCCUUGGCAACAAUGGACUUUGGUUUGUGAGGUUGUGCUUGAAGCUGGGAAACAGAGGUUGGAUAAGUGGAGUUUGAUGGGGAGGCUUGGCAAUAAGUCGAGGGCAUUGAUAACACAAUGUGCGGCAUGGAUGAGACCCGAUAUUAUAUACGUGAAGAGGCCCGUGUAUCAGUGCAGGUUUGAGCCUCAGGAUGAUUUCUUCAAGGCAUUGACGCCAUUGCUUGAUCCAGAAACAGAGAGGGAUUUUUUGUGUGAGGUGGAGAAUGAUGAUGGGAGGGUCGAGUUGUCUACUUAUUUUGGUGGAUUGUGUAAGAUUGUGAAGGUGAGUCCGAAGGCAUUUGUGGAUGAUGUGGUGAAGGGUUAUGAGAAAUUGAGUGAUGAGAAGAAAUCCAAGUGUUUGGAGUUUCUGCUAGGAAAUCAUCCGGUUGAAUUGUUGCAUCCUUAUACAAAAGAGUGGAAGGCUAAAUUAGAGGAGAUGGAAUUUGGUUGUGAUGCCCCAGAUGAUGAUGAUGAUCGUCGUCGUAAUGAUAGGGAGACCGAGGUGAUUGAUUGGGAUGAGGAUGAUGGGGAUGAUGAGGGUGACAAUAGCGACGAUGAUGAUGAUGGUGAUCAGGAUGUGAUUUUGGACAUUGAAGGUGGUGGAGAUGAUGAUUUGGGGAUUGAUGAAGAUGAGGAGUCGAGUGCAGAGGAGGAUGAGAGGUAUUGGGAAGAUGAGUUUAAGAAUGCAGUGAGUAGCAAUGAAGCAAUGGAAAGGCUUGCAAAACGAAGUAUAGAGACGGCUACUAAGUUGUAUGAGAAGCAGCAGUCAAGUAUAAUGGAAGAGAAGGGAAAAAGGGUAUCCUCAGAAGGAGAUGAAAUGGCGAUGAGGCGUACGAGGGCAAAAGUGAGUGCAGAAGAAUGGAAGCAGCUUGGGUAUGGUCCAUUUAGGAAGAGGGUGAAGAAGAGUAGAAUCCCUCCUGAGCUGUUCUUGCGAGCGGCUAGCACCAAACGCCUCUCAUUUCAAUCCCAGUGCUUCUCUCAAACUCGUAAUCCUCCAUUUUCGGACCCAAAUGCCACCAUCCACCAAAGAGACCUCCGUUCAUUCGCCGGACGGAGCAAGAAGAAGUCAGGAGGGCCCUCCCCCGGCCGCAUAGAAGGACCCGCUGAGCUCCGGCGAGAGGCAAGGCGAAAUGCUCGCAGGAAAAGCCAAAAACUAGCUGAGAGUUUGUUCUAUAGGCUCAAAAACCCUCACAAAAACUACCCAGAUAAUUUUUCCGAAGAAGAGCUUCAAAUGAUCGGUUUGGGUUAUGAUAGGUUGGUCAGGUUUAUGGAAAAAGAUGACCCAAAUCUGAAACACCCUUAUGAUUGGUACAAAUAUGGUGAAUUUGGGCCAUAUUCGUGGCGUGGAGUGGUUUUAGGUGACCCCAUUCGUGGGCGAUUUUCCGAUGAAUGUGUGACGAUGAUUGGUGAAGUUAAGGACCAUGACGAAUGGGAAAAAAUUGAGCAGUUUGAAAUGGCUCAAGAUUUUCAGAAGAGGUUGGAUUUCAUGGAUAAGAGUUUAGGGUUUAGGUACUUUUGGGUGUUUGUUAGGCACCCGAAGUGGCGAGUUUCGGAAUUGCCUUGGCAACAAUGGACUUUGGUUUGUGAGGUUGUGCUUGAAGCUGGGAAACAGAGGUUGGAUAAGUGGAGUUUGAUGGGGAGGCUUGGCAAUAAGUCGAGGGCAUUGAUAACACAAUGUGCGGCAUGGAUGAGACCCGAUAUUAUAUACGUGAAGAGGCCCGUGUAUCAGUGCAGGUUUGAGCCUCAGGAUGAUUUCUUCAAGGCAUUGACGCCAUUGCUUGAUCCAGAAACAGAGAGGGAUUUUUUGUGUGAGGUGGAGAAUGAUGAUGGGAGGGUCGAGUUGUCUACUUAUUUUGGUGGAUUGUGUAAGAUUGUGAAGGUGAGUCCGAAGGCAUUUGUGGAUGAUGUGGUGAAGGGUUAUGAGAAAUUGAGUGAUGAGAAAAAAUCCAAGUGUUUGGAGUUUCUGCUAGGAAAUCAUCCGGUUGAAUUGUUGCAUCCUUAUACAAAAGAGUGGAAGGCUAAAUUAGAGGAGAUGGAAUUUGGUUGUGAUGCCCCAGAUGAUGAUGAUGAUCGUCGACGUAAUGAUAGGGAGACCGAGGUGAUUGAUUGGGAUGAGGAUGAUGGGGAUGAUGAGGGUGACAAUAGCGACGAUGAUGAUGAUGGUGAUCAGGAUGUGAUUUUGGACAUUGAAGGUGGUGGAGAUGAUGAUUUGGGGAUUGAUGAAGAUGAGGAGUCGAGUGCAGAGGAGGAUGAUAGGUAUUGGGAAGAUGAGUUUAAGAAUGCAGCGAGUAGCAAUGAAGCAAUGGAAAGGCUUGCAAAACGAAGUAUAGAGACGGCCANACAAAAUGUCUAA